ACAACUAUAUAAAUAUAUUUUUUUCAUGGUUGUGAGUUGAAUAAAUAUUUCUACAGUGUCAAAAGUUAAGCCAUAUGGCUCACGUUAGUGUACAACUACAUUUAAAUUAUCAACGUCAGUAAAAUCCCUCAAAUUAAUUAAAUUGAGACAUACUAAACUGACGUGGUGAUUUUUCGUUCGGACUUAUUAUCAUGCAGUUGACAUGAGCUCAAUAGUUAACUUUAUUAAUCCAUAGACUGAUUAUCGUGAUCAAAAAAAAACAAGAAAGUUACAAACCAAUAUACACAAUCAAAAAAUAAAAAAUAAACGUUGAUUUUGAUUGCAAACAACAAUAAAAAAAAAUUAAUCAUAAAACUAUAAUAUAUUCAUUCAAAAACAGUACAAUUGUGAUUGAUAAUUCAUAUAAACUAUCAUAAUGGUGAAAAGAAGAGUAAAUAACAAGACUCAUGUGGGUACAUUGGAAAAUGAAUUAACUUCUCGUGAACUUGGAUACAUGACACGAGAACAACUUAAGAGUUUACUAAAGGAACGAGGGUUGCCCAUUUCCGGAAAUAAAGCUAACAUGAUAGCUAGAUUGGAAAGUACAAUGGAGUCAAAACAAGCAGCAUCACGACGAGUUAAAGAUUCAAGUAAUUCAAAUGGUACUCAACGAUUGAUAGUUGAAGAAUCUUCCAUAAGAAGUAGUAGUCGAUCUAAACCUAACAAAGAAAAUGAUUCCAUCGAUCCAGAUAGUUUAACCUUAUGGCAUCAUCCAAUUAUAACUGUGAAUUAUUUCUUACGUGAACUAUUUAUCAAUAUUACUGACCUUAUUCAACGAAUAUUUAGAUAUAAAAAAAUAGUGUGGAGUAUUGUUCUGUUAAUUGGAUUAUUUAUUGUUUUAAGAUUUACAUCUGGUCCUCAUCAAGAAAUAUUAAAAAGUUGGGAAAGUGUUGUUUUAUGGUGGUUUUAUUGGGUUGGACUUGGAGUGCUAUCGAGUGUAGGUUUGGGUACCGGUCUGCAUACCUUUGUUCUUUAUUUAGGUCCACAUAUUGCAGCUGUAACAAUAGCUGCAUAUGAAUGUGGUGGUUUAAAUUUUCCCGAGCCACCAUAUCCAGAUUCAAUCAUUUGUCCAGUUACGGUUGACCCAACAUGGACAGCAAGUAUUCUAAAUAUAAUGAGGAAAGUACGUGUGGAAGCAAUGCUUUGGGGUGCAGGUACAGCUCUUGGAGAAUUGCCACCAUAUUUCAUGGCUAGGGCAGCUAGGAAUAGUCGACAGACUGAUAAAAGUCAUGAAUAUGAUCAGGAAGACUUGAAAGAGUUGGAAGCAUUAGAAGCUCUUGAAACUGGGGAAAAUGUUCCACUUGUGAUGAGACUUAAAUUAGCUAUGAAACAUUUUGUACAAAAAGCUGGAUUCCUUGGCAUUUUAGCUUGUGCAUCUAUACCAAAUCCACUAUUUGAUCUUGCUGGUCUCACAUGUGGUCACUAUCGUAUUCCGUUUUGGACAUUUUUUGGUGCAACACUUAUCGGCAAAGCAAUAAUAAAAAUGCAUAUACAACAGUUGGCAGUUAUUAUUGCUUUUAAUGAAGAACUUUUAGAUAAAGCUAUUGGAUUUUUAGCUGGUAUUCCUUAUAUUGGAGGACAAUUCCAAGGACCAUUGAAAAAAUAUCUCAUUGAACAAAAGAACAAACUUCACAAUAAGAAUGUGGGAAGUACUACAACAAUAUCAUGGUUAUUUGACAAAUUUGUAUGCCUUAUGGUAUGCUAUUUCCUCGUAACGAUAGUCCAUGCUCUUGCCCGUAAUCAUCAUCGAAGACGUAUAAAAGCAUCACUUGAUUAGGAAGAUUGUAUAAGUAAAAGUAUUUUAUUAACGCCUUGAGUCUUGAAAAAAUAGCACGAUUGAGCUUGUAUAAGUUGCACUUGAUGUGUUAUUUUAUGUACCAAGGAGUAAAGAACAUAAUUGAUUUUAGUUAAAAUUACAUGAAUGUAAAUAUGUAUAAUCAAUUGAUAUUCAUUUUAAUUAUGAAAAUAAUAUUUACAUCAGAUAGAUACAAAAAAAAAGAGAAGUCAUUUAGUUAAGGAUUAUUGAAAUAAUUAGUUUUUUUAUCAUUUUAACAUCACUGCUAUUGUUAUCAAAUUGUUUAAAUUUUGAUGAGUUGUCAAAUCUAAUGUAAUUAUUUAAACAUAAUAGCAGUGAUGAAAUAUAUACAAAACUUUCAAAAAGACACUCCAUAAGGUUUAUUCCUUAGCUAAGUUAAUUUUUUAAAAAUGAUAAAAGGGAAAUUUUCCUCAAUCAUGCUGCUUUUAGAAUUACUCAAUAUAAUAAUUGCUCAAAAAAGACGAAUUCAACUGAAUGUUUGAAAAAUCAUCACUCAAUAAAAUAUGUUUUUAAUUGGCUAUAAGUAAUACAAUUGUUUUUCCGUUUAGUAACUAUUGCGUCAAUAACAUACGGGGCCAAAAUAUUCAAAAUGUGUAGUGUGUAAUAUCAAAUUAAAACAAAAAAAAAUCAGCCGUCAAAUUUUAUAAUUUAGAUCCAAUUAUUUUAUAUCGAACAACUGUUUGGAUAAAAUAAUUAAUUGUCAUGAUUUUUAAAAAAUUAUCUUAUACAACAAACCACAUUGGUCUUAAUAACACUGCUUACAACUUAUGAUAUUGCACAGCAUUUUCAGAUUUUCAUAAUAACGCAAGGCUUACCGAUUGUAUUAGUUUGAAUGUUUAAUCGAAUAAAACAAUUGUAAAUAUAAAACAAUAAUAACGGUAAUCAAUAAAAUCUACUUUUCGUUA